AUGACCGACCAAGAUUCAUACAUCCACCUUGCCAGGCCUCUGCCGACUCUCAACGUCUCGCCCGCCCACGCAACAACCGGCCCGUUGAACGUCCAGAUUCAUGCGCAAGCGCUCUUCUCGAUCCUCGAUCACUCAUUAAGACGGAACGCCGACCAGGAGAGAGUUAUUGGAACACUACUGGGUGUCAGGAGCGAGGAUGGAAGCGAGGUGGAGAUCAGGAAUUGCUUCGCGGUUGGCCAUAAUGAGAGCCAGGAACAGGUCGAAGUAGAUAUGGACUACCACAAGACCAUGCUUAGUCUCCACCUAAAGGCAAACCCCAAGGAGGUUCUGGUCGGCUGGUACGCUACCUCCCCCGAGCUCAACACCUUCUCCGCCCUCAUCCAGAACUUCUACGCCUCCAACGGCGAGGGUACCUUCCCCCACCCUGCCGUGCACCUCACCAUGUCCACCGCUCCGGGUAAGGACAUUGCCAUCAGGACCUACAUCUCCUCUGCCGUCGGCGUCAACCCCGACCGCAUCGCCGACUCAUGCCUCUUUGUCCCCGUGCCCUACGAGAUCCGCUACAAUGACAGCGACCGCAGCGGCCUCGAGCUCAUCGCCGGCGCAAAGAACACCGAGGACCGCACCGUCAGCGUCAUGACAGACAUCCACGCGCUCGAGCGGGCUAUCGAGGAGGUGCUCGGCAUGCUCGACCGUGUCAGCGACUACGUCGCAAAAGUCAUUGACGGCGAAGCCGAGGGCUCCACUGCGAUCGGAAAGUUCCUUAUGAACACCCUUGCCUUGGCGCCAAAGGUGUCGGGAUCAGACGUCGAGCGCAUGUUCAACACACACAUCCAGGACGUCCUCUUGAUCUCGUACCUGGCGAACACGAUCCGUACCCAGAUCGACCUCUCAAACAAGCUCGCGAACCUCACUUCUGCGGCCGCGCCCCCGAUUGCGGCUACCGUAACUGCUGGUGGUAAAUAG